CUUGGUGUGCUAGAGAUUUGUGAAGCACAAAAUCUCAAUUCAGAAGAUAAUCCUAUGGAUCAGCUAAGUUGUGCAGCAAGCAGCUCCUUUACCAGUUCCAGUGGAGAAACUGAAGUGGAGUCCGAUGACACCAUUAUAUUGCAACACAGUCCUGCAACAAGACAGAGAGCUGAAGACACCUCUCUUGCCCACAUGAUUGAAAAUGUUCUAAAGAACAAACCAGGAGGAGACAGGAUCAUCAAUGAAUAUGCGCGGACAAAAAGCCUAACAGACAGCAGACGGCGUGACAUGGUCAAGAUAUUGGUUGCGCAUAUGACAAGUGAACAUGGGACAAGUCCUUCCAGAUGUGUAAAAGAAGACUAUGCAAAGGGUAUUAUUACCUUGUUCCCUUACUUGGCUGAUCCUAAGAGCAGAUUUGGCUAUGAGCAUUAUUAUAAUGCAGAAGAUGGAAGUGGGUAUCUGGCUUGGAGACUGAAGUUUGUCCAGAGGGAAGCUUCUAAUGGACAAAAGAAGGUCCCCAGACUGUCACGAACCCAAACAGGGGGACCAACAACUGAUAGAGACUAUUUGAGAGAAGAAGACUGCCUUAUGACAGAUAGCUUGUGUUCUGAGGCCAUUGCGCUGAUGAAGCACACAGCUGAUGAAGGAACUGUUAUGAGGAAGAUGAAGCAGACUUUCAACUAUCGCCAGAAGAUGAUUCAUGACCCAGUGAAGUCAUCUAGUAUCUUUUUGGACUUCCCAAGAUUCCUGGACAUAGGAGGAUUGGUUGAGCAAGAUUUUACAUUGAUGUUUGGGGAAGCCAUCUCUGCAAAGUUCCUGGAGAAGUGGCCCACUGUCUACAAGCAGAAAGUCCUCAAACAAAGUCAUGGUCUCACACAGUCUGAUGACCUUAAGAACCUUCUUGACAAUGCUGAAGGCACAACAGAAGAGGAAAAUGGUAAGUUGCAAUGA